AUGGAUGCGCCAGAUGGAGGAGGCGAAGGGGGCGAUCAGGCGAAUGAGCAGCGAGCGGCUUCUCUUUCCCUGCUGAGUGAGGAGAAGUUGGAGGAAGAUGAGAACGACGGGUGGCGGGAUCAACCCCAGAAUGCGAUGGGGAGCGCCCGGCCACCCAAUAAUGGCAACACCACCCCGUAUGCUUCGCGUACCACCGACCUGCACGGCACACCGGCCCGAACAACCACCGAGGUAGUGGACAUCUCGGGGCUCACCGACGAUCAGCUAGUCGAACUGUUUGCACAGCUGCCACCAGACAUGCUGGCCCAGAGGAAGAAAGCACUGCAGGACUGGGCUCUCCAUCUGGGCCUCGAGGAAGCACGCGAGAUGCAAAGGGGCCGAUUGCUCAACAUUUUGACACCACCCACACCCAAGAGCAACCACGCCUCCGCCUCUUGCCCCACCAAGCCGUAA